AUCUAUUGCUUUUUCGCUGCGUUUCAUACUGAUUCCAUUGUGUUGUAAUUAAGCAAAUCAUUAAAGGACAAUUGACACCAUGUACACAGCAACUCUUGAACGUAUCGGUGAUGCAAUCAUCAACUGGUUCGACCCCGAAGAACAGUUUACUGGCUUCACCAAGGUACGGCACGACGGUGGUCCUCGCGGAAAAUUCGGCUACGUAGUUACACUAGGAUGGGUCAAGGCGAACAGGAAGGAUGAGAGGCAAUAUAGAAUGCUUCGAUUUGUAGCCGAAGUCGCCGAAAGAUUAAGCUUACGACAAACACACUAAUCUUCCAUUCUACUCGUUGUUUUUCGCUGUGAUCCACAGGGUUGGUGGUUGACCGAUUUUCCUUCAGCUUUCUCGAUUGCUCUCGCUUAUGUUUUGUUCGUUGGAAUUGGGUCGCGAGUCAUGCAAAAUCAGCCUGCCAUCGAUCCAUACCCCAUCAAGUUCUUCUACAACGUAUCGCAGAUCAUGCUCUGUGCGUACAUGACAAUCGAAGCUGUAUUCUUGGCCUACCGCAAUGGAUAUACCGUCACACCAUGCGUCGCGUACGACAAGGAGAAUCCCCCAGUGGCUAAUCUUUUGUGGCUGUUUUACAUCUCCAAGGUUUGGGAUUUCUGGGACACUAUCUUUAUCGUUUUGGGCAAAAAGUGGAGACAGCUGUCUUUCCUUCAUGUGUACCACCACACCACUAUCUUUUUGUUUUACUGGCUCAACGCCAACAUCUUCUAUGAUGGUGACAUUUAUUUGACCAUUGUUCUCAAUGGAUUCAUCCACACUGUCAUGUACACUUACUACUUCAUUUGCAUGCACACUAAGGACCCUCAGACUGGAAAAUCUCUCCCUAUCUGGUGGAAGUCGUAUUUGACAUUGAUGCAAUUGAUUCAAUUUGUGACCAUGAUGUCGCAGGGAUCUUACCUUGUUAUCACCAGAUGCGACACACUUAACUUCCGAGUCACUGCGUCCUAUGUCGUCUACAUCUUGAGCUUGUUCUUCCUUUUUGCGCAUUUCUUUGUCCAAUCUUACAUGAAGCCAAAGAAGAAGAAAGCGURAACACAAGUCAAUCUGUCUUGAGAUUGUCGCAGACGAGCUGAUGUUCARAAGAUAUUUCGAAAACCACUACAAAAAGUAUCA